AGCGCACACUGACACACAGAGACACACACACACAGACAGACACACACAGAUCCGGGUUGGGGGAGCGGCAGCGCGAGACAGCGCGAGCCUCCGAGAAAGCGCGAGACACGCCGGCGCGUGCAGCUCGGCAGCGGCGGUUACGCCCCGGCUGGAGCCCCGCGCCCCACGCAGCCCGCCGGCGAGCGCCCGUCCUGGUUAUUUAUGCCGCGGCCGCGUCCGCCGGCUGCGGCUCCCUCCGCCCCCCUCCCCCGGGCGCGCUCUCCACUCGCCGCAGCCGCUACCCUGUCUCGCGCGUGGGUGUGUUGUUUGGUAGCUUUUGCCUCCGCGCUGCGGGUGCCACCUCCCUGGACGCUACCCAGGCGUCCCCGGUCCCGAUCAAACAAAUAAUAGAAGUCUGUUGAAGCUUUGUCCUGACCUAUUCUGGAAGUAGAAGAAUACCCUGGAGAAAGGAGCAUUGUAAGCACAAAGAAUAAGACUCCUCAAUCCUGGGAGAGAGAAUUAAAGUCUAACCCUCCAAAUUCCUCUGGAACAACGAAGGAACAAUCAACUGGUCUUGGUUCAGGUAUUAAAAAGUAGCUGGAUGGGCUGCUCUAUUGUGAUGUUGGGAUUGAAUUUACUGAGGACUCUAUAUCAAGGUUGACUUCAAAGUUUUGUGGAAGAUCUGCAAGAAAUAGGUAUUAAGUCAUGAUGCAGGAGUCUGCGACAGAGACAAUAAGCAACAGUUCAAUGAAUCAAAAUGGAAUGAGCACCCUAAGCAGCCAAUUAGAUGCUGGCAGCAGAGAUGGAAGAUCAAGUGGUGACACGAGCUCUGAAGUAAGCACAGUGGAGCUGCUGCACCUGCAACAACAGCAGGCUCUCCAAGCAGCAAGACAACUUCUCUUACAGCAGCAAACAAGUGGACUGAAAUCUCCUAAGAGCAGUGAUAAACAGAGACCACUUCAGGAAUUGCUUCCAGAAACAAAAUUAUGUGUCUGUGGCCACUCUUCUGGUGAUGGGCAUCCUCACAACACAUUUGCAGUGCCCGUGUCGGUGGCCAUGAUGACCCCCCAGGUCAUCACCCCGCAGCAAAUGCAGCAGAUCCUCCAGCAGCAAGUCCUGUCUCCCCAGCAGCUCCAGGCCCUUCUCCAGCAGCAGCAGGCAGUGAUGCUGCAGCAGCAACAACUACAAGAGUUUUACAAGAAACAGCAAGAACAGUUACAUCUUCAGCUUUUGCAGCAGCAGCAACAGCAGCAGCAGCAGCCACAGCCGCAGCCGCAGCCACAACCGCAGCCACAGCCGCCGCCGCCGCAGCCGCAGCACCCUGGAAAGCAGGCCAAGGAGCAGCAGCAGCAGCAGCAGCAGCAGCAGCAGCAGCAGCAGCAGCAGCAGCUGGCGGCCCAGCAGCUUGUCUUCCAGCAGCAGCUUCUCCAGAUGCAGCAACUCCAGCAGCAGCAACAUCUGCUCAGCCUUCAGCGUCAGGGCCUGAUCUCCAUCCCACCAGGCCAGGCGGCACUUCCGGUCCAGUCGCUGCCCCAAGCUGGUUUAAGUCCCGCUGAGAUUCAGCAGUUGUGGAAAGAAGUGACCGGAGUUCACAGCAUGGAAGACAAUGGCAUCAAACAUGGAGGGCUGGACCUCACGACCAACAACUCCUCCUCGACUACCUCCUCCACCACUUCCAAAGCGUCACCGCCGAUACCCCAUCAUUCCAUAGUGAAUGGACAGUCUGCAGUUCUCAGUGCAAGGCGAGACAGCUCGUCACACGAGGAGCCUGGGGCCUCCCACACUCUCUAUGGCCAUGGAGUUUGCAAAUGGCCAGGCUGUGAAAGCAUUUGUGAAGAUUUUGGACAGUUUUUAAAGCACCUUAACAACGAACAUGCGCUGGAUGACCGAAGCACUGCCCAGUGCCGCGUGCAAAUGCAGGUGGUGCAACAGUUAGAAAUACAGCUUUCUAAAGAACGUGAACGUCUUCAAGCAAUGAUGACCCACUUGCACAUGCGACCCUCAGAGCCCAAACCGUCCCCCAAACCCCUAAAUCUGGUGUCUAGUGUCACCAUGUCGAAGAACAUGUUGGAGACAUCCCCACAGAGCUUACCUCAAACCCCUACCACACCAACGGCCCCAGUCACCCCGCUUACCCAGGGAGCCUCAGUAAUCACCCCAGCCAGUGUGCCCAAUGUGGGAGCCAUACGAAGGCGGCAUUCAGACAAAUACAACAUUCCCAUGUCAUCAGAGAUUGCCCCAAACUACGAAUUUUAUAAAAAUGCAGAUGUCAGACCUCCAUUCACUUAUGCAACUCUCAUAAGGCAGGCUAUCAUGGAGUCAUCUGACAGGCAGUUAACACUUAAUGAAAUUUACAGCUGGUUUACCCGGACAUUUGCUUACUUCAGGCGUAAUGCAGCAACUUGGAAGAAUGCAGUACGUCAUAAUCUCAGCCUGCACAAGUGUUUUGUUCGAGUAGAAAAUGUUAAAGGAGCAGUGUGGACUGUGGAUGAAGUAGAAUACCAGAAGCGAAGGUCACAAAAGAUAACAGGAAGCCCAACCUUAGUAAAAAAUAUACCUACCAGUUUAGGCUAUGGAGCAGCUCUUAAUGCCAGUUUGCAGGCGGCCUUGGCGGAGAGCAGCUUGCCUCUGCUCAGUAAUCCAGGACUGAUCAACAACGCAUCCAGCGGCCUCCUGCAGGCCGUCCAUGAAGAUCUCAACGGCUCCCUGGACCACAUCGACAGUAACGGGAACAGCAGCCCGGGCUGCUCGCCUCAGCCGCACAUACAUUCAAUCCACGUGAAGGAGGAGCCUGUGAUAGCAGAGGAUGAAGACUGCCCCAUGUCCUUAGUGGCCACUGCCAAUCACAGUCCGGAGUUGGAAGACGACAGGGAGAUCGAAGAAGAGCCUUUGUCUGAAGAGCUGGAAUGAGAACUGACUUGUGAGACCUCAGCGUGAAGGGACAUAUCACUGACCUUCAUAACCACUCCACAACCAUGACUAUUUGACAGAUUUUUACUGUGACUAUUUAUUAAGCAUGGAUAAAGGAGACAGCCCUAAAGGAACUUACUAAGCCAGCCCUUUGGGAUUCAGUACAAACAGGCAAAUUGCCUGUUUUCUUCUCUCUCUCUUCCUCUUUCUCUUUCUCUCUCUCUCUUUUUUAGAAAAAAAAAAAA